UGAUAUAUUUUUGUUUUGUGUCACUGUUUCGAGAUGAAUUUAAUUAGUAUUAAGUGAUGUCACGUAAAAAAAAAUAUCAACUUUUUUUUAUCAAAAGUUAAUGAUAAUAUAUGUGGAGAUCGUACUUUUUGUAUUAAGAGGAAAUAUGGAGUCAAUUGAUGUAUGUACAAAGUGUGACAGUACCUGCUGAAUAGAAACAACGACGAAACUUAUCCAUGGAUAUAAGAUAUACCACCAAUAAUUAUGUCAAUAAGUAUGUUAUAAAAUAUUAAAUAUUGAAAAAUCUAUCAUCUCUUAAAAUGUGGCAAAAAUCGGGAAUGUUCUGUCAGCGUUUCUUUACCAAGAACGUAAAAUUAUUAAACGUCAAUCACAAUGGUAUCGUGAGGACUAGUACAACUGCAACACCAGCUUCGAAUGAAGAAUCACCCCCAAAGGAAGCUGAAGUAGUAAUAUGCGGAGGUGGCGUGAUGGGUGCUGCUGUGGCAUACCAUCUAGCCAUCAGAGGAUGGGGAGACAAAACAGUACUGAUCGAAAGCAGCAGACUGGGUGGAGGAACAACGUGGCAUGCGUCGGGUCUGAUGGGUGUCUUUAAACCAUCUCUGGCACAAAUAAGGCUAGCUCAGGAUAGUAUAGCUCUGUACAAAGAACUCGAAGGAAAAGCCUUAACCACUGGCUGGAAACAGUGUGGUAGUUUAUCUCUGGCAAAAACUGGAGAUCGUAUGACUGUAUUCCGGAGAAUGAAAGCACAAUCAGUAUGUCACAACAUAGAGUGCCAUUUGGUAACACCCGAAGAGAUCAAAUCAAUAUGUCCAUUGCUAAAAGUUGACGAUCUUUACGGAGGUCUGUGGAUCCCUGGCGACGGUGUGGGAGAUCCAUACGAAAUAUGUUUGACAUUGGUCAGAGAAGCCGUGAAACAAGGCGUGCGAGUGUACGAAAAUUGUAGAUUAACCAAAGUGAAAAGCACAAACGAGAGAGUAGAGGCUGUCGAAACGACGCGCGGAACGAUAGAGUGCAAAUACUUUGUUAACUGUAGCGGAUUCUGGGCACGGAGCGUCGGAAAACUGAGCGAACCUUACGUCAAGGUUCCCCUGCAUCCCGUGGAACACUACUAUCUGCACACGAAACUGAUCCCUGGCUUGGAUCCAAUGACUCCAGUGAUUCGAGAUUUGGAUGGGCACAUCUACUUCCGAGAAAACGCGGGCCGCAUCCUAGCCGGAGGCUUCGAUCCCGUUGCUAAGCCUGUCUUCGAGGACGGUCUCAUACCUGAAGACCCGAGCAAUCGCUACUUGCCUCCGGACUGGGAUCAUUUUCACGUACUACUGGAGCAAAUGCUGCACAGAAUACCAGACCUCAACGACGCGACCUUGGAAAUGCUCUGCAACGGCCCGGAAGCCUUUUCUCCCGAUUGCAAGUGGAUAAUCGGUGAGUCGCCCGAGAUCCGAAACUACUUUGUCGCCGCUGGUAUGAAAACGAUCGGCAUCUCGGCGGCUGGAGGGGUCGGGCGCAUAACAGCCGAGUUGAUAACCGGUGGCCUGGCGAGCCUUGAUUUUUACGAGCUGGACCUGAUGCGCUUCCUCGGCUUGCACAACAACCGCAAGUUCUUGCGGGACCGCGUCAAAGAAGUGCCGGGCAUGCAUUACGCUCUGCAAUAUCCGCACCACGAGUUCAAGAACGGCAGGAAUUUGAGGAUGUCGCCGAUCUACCCGAAAUUGAAGGAGGCGGGUGCCGUGUUCGGACAGGUCAUGGGGUACGAGAGACCCAGCUGGUUUGAGCUUGAUCCCGAACAAGGUAACGAUCACUUUUCUCUUACUAGGUACAAGAUCGCGUACACGAAUACUUUCGGCAAGCCUCCCUGGUUCGGCGCGGUUGAAAGAGAGUACGCCGCUUGCAGGGAGACGAUCGGUCUCAGUGAUUACUCUUCGUUCACAAAAAUCGAUCUAUGGUCCAAUGGAACGGAGGUGGUGGAUUUCUUGCAAUACAUGUGCUCGAACGACGUCGACGUGGCAGUCGGUAGUAUCAUCCACACGGGGAUGCAAAAUCAUCGCGGUGGCUACGAGAACGACUGCAGCUUGGCGAGGAUAGCUCCAAAUCAUUACAUGAUGAUUGCCCCGACGAUUCAGCAAACUCGGUGUAAACAUUGGCUCAAGCGGCAUUUGCCCUCGGACGGCUCCGUUGCCGUGUCCGACGUAACUUCGGCGUACACGGCUAUUUGCAUCAUGGGACCAGCAACUAGGCAAUUACUGUCCGAACUGACUGACAUUGAUUUGAAUCCAAAGAACUUUCCCUUUUUUACCUUCAAAGAGUUAGACGUUGGAUUAGCCAAUGGGAUUCGGACCAUGAAUCUAACGCACACGGGAGAAUUAGGCUAUGUUCUUUACAUUCCUAACGAAUUUGCUCUUCACGUUUACACGAGAUUGAUAGAGGCCGGUGAGAAGUAUAAGAUACGGCACGCUGGUUAUUACGCCACAAGAGCCUUGAGAGUCGAGAAAUUUUAUGCUUUUUGGGGACAGGAUUUAGACACGUUUACUACACCCCUAGAGUGCGGCCGCUCUUGGAGAGUCAAGUUCGACAAAGAAGUAAACUUCAUAGGUAAAGACGCUUUAUUAAAACAGAGGGAAGAAGGUGUGAAACGGCAGUACGUACAAUUGUUGAUCAAUGAUCAUGAUUCAGACAUCGAUACGUGGUGUUGGGGCGGUGAGCCUAUUUAUAGGAACGGAAAGUACUGUGGAAUGACCACGACUACGGGUUACGGUUUCACAUUCAAAAAACAAGUAUGCUUGGGCUUUGUACAAAAUCUAGACUCGAAAGGGGUGCCUCAGACCGUAACUAAUCAGUAUAUACUCUCUGGAGAUUACGAGGUUGACAUUGCCGGUAUCAAGUUUCAUGCCAAGUGUCAUUUGCACAGUCCAAAUCUGCCAACCAAGUUUCCCGAUCAGGAAAGAGAUUCUUACCACGCAACGCGUGAUCAUCAAACUGCGUAAAUCGGCUUUUCGUCAAGAUUUUAUACAUACAUGUAUUUUUUAAUGACGACAGUAAUGAUUAAUUUUUUAGUUUAAAAGCAAUACUUUGAUUUAUUUCUCGUAAUUUUAAUUAUUGUUUGAAAGGAAAAAAU